AUGCUCCGGCGAGCCCCCACCACUUCUGACGGCAAAAUCGUCGACCGUUUCCAGGAGAGUACCCGGGUCGGCAAGCCGUUCAAGCCUCCAACCCUGCUCGUCACCCGACAGCAGCCUCAGCGCAAACGCAAGCGGGUCUCCUACAAGGGGGCGCAGGCAGACUCAGACGGAUCAGACUCGGAGAACGAAGGCAGCUCGAAGAAGAAGAAGAAGACAAUAGGCAAAGAUGGGUUCGAACGCCCCCUCGACAACAACAUUGUCAACUACCCUGUCUUCAAGCCCAAGCCCUUCGACCAGAUGUCUCGCCGCUUCACCAUUCCAGAGAUGCGCAACAAGGACGGGGAGGUUGUUCCCACCGUGCAAAGCAACCUCGCUCUUGGCAUUCGACCUCUAGCAAACAUCAUCCCUCGUCCACUCCAUGAUCCCAUGGCCGACCAUGCCAUCGUCUUGUACGACCCUACCAUCGACGAUCGAGAGACAGACGAGGAACGACGCGAGAGAGAGAAGGAAGAGGCCAAAAAGCGUGCGUUGAAGGAGGCGCAGGAGAAGUGUGCCGGUAUGUACAAUCCCCACAAGAGCUUGAAGGAGCUGCUCGGCGGCGGCAAGGAAACGAAGAAAGCCGCGAAGGUUCCUGUCGUGAUCGACCCCCGUCUGAGCAAAGUCCUCCGUCCGCAUCAGAUUGAGGGCGUUAAGUUUUUAUACAGAUGUACUACGGGCAUGGUCGUCGAGAAUCAAUACGGAUGCAUCAUGGCUGACGAGAUGGGUCUUGGAAAGACGCUGCAAUGCAUUGCUCUGAUGUGGACGCUUCUCAAGCAAGCACCUCAUGCAGGCAAGUCUACGAUCGAGAAAUGCAUCAUUGCCUGUCCUGCUAGCCUCGUUAAGAACUGGGCAAACGAGCUUGUCAAGUGGUUAGGCAAGGACGCAAUCUCUGCCUUGGCUAUCGAUGGCAAGGGAAACAAGGCCGACGUGCUGCAGAAAAUAACUCAAUGGCAAGCGUCCGGCGGGCGCAACGUGUCCCAACCCGUUAUGAUUGUGUCGUAUGAGCAGCUUCGUACUCUAUCAACCUACCUAGCCAAUUGCGUCAUCGGCUUGCUUCUUUGUGAUGAGGGCCAUCGCCUGAAGAAUUCAGAGUCACAAACAUUCCAGGCUCUUGACGGUUUGAACGUGAGGCGCCGAGUCAUUUUAUCUGGUACACCUAUCCAAAACGAUUUAUCUGAAUACUUCUCACUGCUCAACUUCGCCAAUCCGAAUUUCCUUGGCUCCAAGAACGACUUCCGCAAGAAUUUCGAGAACGUAAUCAUCCGUGGCCGAGACGCAGAUGCGACCGACGCUCAUAAGGAAGAGUGCGAGAAGAAGCUGAAGGAGCUCGGAGGCAUCGUGUCCAAGUUCAUCAUCCGACGAACGAACGAUCUACUGUCGAAAUAUUUGCCUGUCAAAUAUGAACAGGUUGUAUUUUGCAGGCCAUCAAAGUUACAGCUUGCGCUCUAUCAGCUCUUCAUUUCGUCGCCCGAUAUUCAAGCGUUACUUCGGGGUGCCAAUUCUCAGCCGCUGAAAGCUAUCCUCCUGCUUAAGAAGCUUUGUAACCAUCCCGAGCUUCUCGACCUUCCGGGGGAUCUGGCAGGUUCCGAGAAGCUAUUACCAGAAGAAUUUUCGGGUAUUUCAUCCGGUUCCAAAAACCGUAGUCAGACGGUCCACACGGAAUGGGGCGGCAAAUUCUUGGUUCUUGAGAGGUUUCUGCAUCGUAUACACACAGAAACAAAUGACAAGAUUGUCCUGAUCAGCAACUACACCCAAACACUGGACCUCUUCGAGAAGUUCCUGAGGAGCAGGAAAUACGGGUAUUUCCGUCUGGAUGGCACCAUGACGAUCAACAAGCGACAAAAGCUUGUCGAUCAGUUCAACGACCCUGAACGGAAGGAAUUUGUCUUUCUUCUCAGUAGCAAAGCUGGAGGUUGUGGUAUAAACCUCAUCGGGGCCAACCGCCUGAUCCUCUUUGACCCUGAUUGGAAUCCCGCUGCGGAUCAGCAAGCUCUCGCUCGUGUAUGGCGUGAUGGGCAGAAGAAAGAAUGUUUUGUCUAUCGCUUCAUUUCCACAGGGACGAUUGAGGAGAAGAUUUUUCAACGCCAAGCAAACAAGCAGUCCUUGUCCUCCGCUGUCGUCGACGAGAAGGAAGAUGUUGAACGCCAUUUUUCCAUUGACGCGCUUCGCAAGCUGUUUCUAUUCAACGAGAAGACGCUGAGCGAAACGCACGAGACUUUCAAGUGCAAGCGUUGUCGGGAUGGGCGACAAAUUAUGAAGUCUCCUGCAUUGCUCUACGGGGAUGCAAGCUCCUGGAACCACUUCACUAACGAGGAGCUGAAGACCAACCACGAUGAUCUUCUUCGUGCCGAAGUCGGACUGCCGGAGGUUUCAUUUGUCUUCCAGUAUAUCAGCCAUUAG